UGUUUGGCAUGUGUGUGUGUGGAAUGAAUGUUGAAUGUUGACAUGAAAGAGAGCAAAAUGUUGUGAGCCAGAAGUCCAGAAAUAGAAAAAAUAGAAAAAUAAUAAAGGUUAUGACUUUUUGACACACUCCAACACCUGCUCAACACUCUCUCCCCUCUUUCUUUUCACCACCUCCCACUUCAACUCUGCUCACACACACACACACACACACACACACACACACACACACACACACACACACACACACACACACACUGCUUAUCCCCUGUCACUACCUCAUACCCUCUCACCAGAGGAAAUAUAUUCAGCAAUGAGUCACUGUACUCACUUGCCUGUGAUUCUCUCUCUCUCUCUCUCUCUCUCUCUCUCUCUCUCUCUCUCUCUCUCUCUCUCUCCCUCCCUCUCUCCCUCUGUCACGCACUUGUUAGUUUCAGUACACAGUGUUGUGUGUGUAUAUGUAAAAGACCUGCAGGACUGUUUGGUCCAUGCCUGUAGGACAAGUUGAUAGACCCAUAAUGCAUGUGAGACAUGACCAACGAGGCCCACUGGGAUAACUCAACCAGAAUGCACAGCAUGGAGCCAACAGUUCCAGAGCCAGAACUCUACCGCAGCAUCCAGGCUGUGUUGCCCAGGGAAACAGACAACCAGCAGUCGCCUGACUGUUUCAACAAAGGCAUGCUGAGAUGGACACUUCAUAAGAAGGUCCAAAACAAUCCUGCCAACAGCUUAGCUCUGGUGUGGUUGCUGAUAAAAGAGCUGGAAAAGGCUGAGAGAUGGGACUCUCGCAAAUGCAUCAUACCUCUGCUCCACACACUAAUGUAUGCCAUUAUUCAGACAGCCUACAUUCCAGAUGAGCUGUACAAGCGUGUUUAUGACUUUUGUAAGAGACUCCUGACCUACCCUCAUCCCUACUGCACUGUAGGCCUCAGCUACACAAGACAGAUAAAAACUGAACGCUCCAUUCCAGGUCUGAUGUACCAGAGAAUGGUCACAGCAGAGCAGAGACUAAAAAAUGAGUACUAUCCCUUUCAGGAGAGGGUCUUUGUUCUGGCUGACCCAGAAGUCUUCUCCGGUUCUUUGGGGCAAGUCCUGUUGGGUGAUAUUGAGACGUCCGCAUCAGUUUCAGAUGGAUCUCUGAGUCCUCUAGAUUACAUGUGCAGGGUGGUCCAACACUCCAUACAGGCUGCUUUAGGAGCAGAGCAGUGCCACGGGCCGAAACUGGCCCAAGCUCUAAAGGACAUGGGUCAAGACGUUGAGUCGCACUUUCAGGAAGUGUUGGCGGCUCUUGAGCAGAGGGCGGAAGAGAGCGGCAGAGGGGAGGAGGGAGCGCUGAGGAGCCGUCUUCAGCAGCUGUACAACAAGAUCGUCACCGACACAGACUCAGAGCCAUUGUCCAGUGGAGGACUGUGUGACUGCCCUCUUCCUAACCCAGAGAUGAGCUUCUACCUGUGGACGGAGGAUCUGGAUAUCUGGCGAGAGCUGGCCAAGUGGUUUCGAUCCAGCUCCAUGUCGGAUCAGUUUUCCCUCAUCCAGGAGCAGGAGGACUUUGAGCUGGGUGAGUCGCCCAGCGACCUGAUGCCAUCUGACAUGACGCGCUUCUCCAUCAUGUCCAACGACAGCGGCAUCGAAAGAGACCUGCCCCCCGGCGUUGAUCCCUCCCCAUCGUCAUCUCUGGACACUGCCAGCAUGAGUGCAUCAUGGGAACAAUGCAAAACAAGUAAGCAAGAGUCGAUGAGGCUGUCACGGCGUGGAGGCAUCAAGAUGAAACCGUCAGUGAAGGACAGUAUGGUGCUGAUGCAGGAGACCCUGGAGGAUCACGCAAGCCUCGGAGCCGGAGGAGGAGGAGGAGGAAGUGGAGGUAGGGUAGGAAGAAGAGGGGCGACUCUGCAGAGGCGGGCAGGAAGCAGCGCGAUGCAGAACCCCUUCCUCAAGCAGCAGAGACAGUUUACUGCCAGGAUAGUCGCCAUGGGAGACGACAGGGUACUGGGCCGCCUGGCCAAGGCAUACUAUUUCUUCAGGAAAAGGGAAGCACGGAGGCUUUUUCUUACAAUGAAAGUAAACCUCCAAUUUUACUACAUCCCUGUUUGCAGGGCCACAACUCCCAUCUCCUCUAUCAAAGAAAACCUUCAUCAGUCCAUGGGGAAUCCCUGCACUCUUGGUUCCUACUUGAGCAUGGUGGACCCGUGGUACAACUCUAACAUCAAGAGUUUAGGCUGCAUGAUACCCAGACUGGCUAAGAUGCACCAGACGAACCCAGGGAGGCCAAAAGAGCCUUUCGUGUCUGAUGUCAUUUCCUACUACGUUCGUACCGGCCAGCAGCCUGUCUACUUCACCAUAUACUUUGUUAAGAUCACAUUCACCAACACGGCAAAGGAUCCUGUGGAAGAUGUGUUUCUUACUCAUCUAGAAAUGGAGUUUCCUGAGUUCCGACAGAUCUCAGCGUCAAUUAGAGAAAAGCAGAAGAAGAGCUUAGGGGAUCUAUGCGGGGCUGUUAUCUCGAUGAAUUACAGAAAGGUGACAUUAAGUGGCCGAGACAUUGACAAAGGAAUCUCAGUCAGGACAACAGGCGCUCAGAUCAAUGCUAUUCCUUCCAAUAAAGCAGAAGAUCUGAACUGUUUGACACUGACAUUGAAUGAAUCUCCAACAAAAACUAAAAACAACAUUGUGGAGUCAAAGUUUCGGUCCAGUAACAUUAAGAUUCGCACUUUGGAGAGUCGAUCUUUCACUGUUACACUGGACAGAGAUUUUCGCAGGACCUACAAAGACGUGCAGAGCAUCGAGAUCUCCCCGUGUCUUGAUCCCGGGUACUGCGUCCAGAAAACCAUGAGGUCCAAAUACAAGUUGGGAGCGGACAAAGACGCUGGACUGAGCAAAUACAUGAGCAAAAGACUUCUUCUACCAAUCAACACAUUUGCUGGCAUCAUCACCUGACGUGGUGGACUAACCCCACAGAAAAACUUUGAGAGUUAAGACCAGCCACGCUAUGUUUUGAUGGUGGAAUGGUUGUUCCUUCUGCCUUCAGAAGUCCAAUCUGACAUAUCAAAGGACAAAAGGAAUCACCUUUGAGCCAUACUGAGCUGCUCCUAAACCAUUUUUUUUAUUCAGUCAGUAAGGACUGACUGGCAUGUAUAGAAAAAGACUAUACAUCAAAAGCAACACAUACCGUAUUUGUCGCACUUCUUGCGGCUAAAUAACCAGUUGACUUCUUUUACAGUAACAAAGUGGUAUUACACAUUAGGGUGUGACCGAACUCCUUACAGUGUUUAUGUACCACUGUACAUAUAUUUAGACAGUCAGUAAAUGUAUGCAGAUUAGAUUGCCAAAGAACAAUACUGCCUUUGACACUAGAGAAGGCAACAGUGGAAAAUUAGUAAGCAAAGGUAUGUACCUGUAGACAUUAAAGAUUUCAGGGCUACUGAUAUUUGGAUAUUUGAUAUUUCACUAAUAAUUUGACAUCAUAAAAAACUCCAAACUCUGAAAAUCAGUUUCUCAAAGUCACCACUUGGUGAGGCAGAUUUGGAGGGUUGACAGUUACUCUACUUCAUAGACACACUACCUUUUACUACCUUAUUGUCACACACACAUACAGUGCACACAAAAGAAUACAGACUGGCCUGGCCUGUCAGCAACUAUAACGUACAGAUUGUUAAAAGACUGGCAUGAGGAUGGCUGGCGAUUACUUUACCUGUUGCCUUUGUCUUAGCUGAAUCAUUCAAAUAAGUUGGUAUUCCCGUACCUGUUGCAUAAUGUAAGUUGUUAUGAAGGUGCAAGUGAUUGACAUUGGCCUUGGGUUUAGGUUUUUGGAAAUGUUCUGGAAGGUUUUAAGAACCGCACACUAUGUUCAGUGCAGAAGCUAGAGCCAUGUGUCAGGAACUACUACACAACAGAAGCAGCUUUUCUCUUUUACUGUCUCAGACGGACGAGGGGAUCAUGCACACACUGAGCUGCAUGAAGUAACCUGACUUCAAGCCACUGUCUACGACCAAGACAUGCAAGAUUCUGGGUACACUCAAAUGUAAAACUUGUACACAUGCCAGCAAAUGUUUUAAAUGUAUCAGCCACAAGGUGUGAAAAUCACCUCUGACCCCCCAAUCCACUCACUGUGGUGCGUUGGAUGAUAAAUAUGGUAAAUUGCAUCUUUUUGCACUAAAACGGCAAGGCUGUUUUUGUUAAGUCCCUGUGGGAGUGGAGCAACAGUGUGUAAAGCAUAUAAUUAUGACUAUGUGUUAUUACGUCUAACGUUUAACACAAAUAUUGGUUCAAUUGUCAUUUAUUAAAAUGUUGCUUUUGCCACAUAAUUAUUAGAUAACACACACACCCAAGAAUGGCUCCGGAGCCUUUUUUGUAUCCCCACAGGUAUGAUCUCAAUAAAGGUCAACAGCCUCAGGAACUGGAAGUGUGUGUGUGUGUGUGUGUGUGUGUGUGUGUGUGCGUGUGUGUGUGCGUGUGUGUCUGCGUGUGUGUCUGCGUGUGUGUCUGCUGGCCUAGCGGUAAAAUCAUGAGAAAUUCAUGGUACAGUUUGCACAUUAUUUGUCAUCUAAUGUCAUAUAUGAAGACGAUGCCAUUAAAAUCAAAAUGUAAGUGUGUAAAUAAAUUAUUUUGUUUUGUAAAAUGGUCCUUGUGUUUUAUGAUAAAGGUGGUUAAUCUCAAUGCUUUGAAUAAACAACGACUUACUUAA